CUCCAGCUGCUUACCCUGGAGGAGAAGGUCUCCUUGCUGGCCGGAGCCGAUACGUGGCAUACCAACGAGAUAAGCCGGCUCGGCAUCGGUUCCCUCAAGACAACCGAUGGACCCUCCGGUGCCAGAGGUCAGCUGGCAGUAGACGGACCAACGGCCGCGUUCCUCCCCGGGCCAAUCUGCCAAGCAGCGACAUGGUCCAAGCAACAACUUCGAUCUGUCGGUCAACUGCUCUGCGAGGAGACCAGGACAAAGGCGGCACAGAUCCUGCUUGCACCCACUAUCUGUCUCUCGAGAAACCCCCUUGGCGGCCGCAAUUUUGAGAGCUUCGGCGAGGACCCGUUCUUGACAGGGUCCCUGGCCACUGAAUAUGUUGCUGGUGUUCAGGAAACGGGCCAAGUGAUGGCCACUGUAAAGCAUUUCGUGGCCAAUGAGCAAGAAUGGCAGCGUUUCACCAUCGAUGCCAAGGUCAGCGAGAAGGCCCUGAGAGAGAUGUACCUUAAGCCUUUUGAGAUGGUGGUCCGAUCAAACACCACGCCGGGAUGUCUCAUGACAUCUUACAAUGUGGUUAAUGGCGCCCACGCCGACAUGAACCAACAUCUACUCCAGGAUGUCUUGCGCGGGGACUGGGGCUUCAAGGGCCUCGUCAUGAGCGACUGGGGCGGCACCAACUCGACUGCCGAGAGUGUAAUUGCUGGCCUCGAUCUUGAAAUGCCUGGACCGCCGAGCAAGAGAGGGGAGCUGCUACUCGAGGCUGUCAAUAAGGCGGAGAACCCCGAUGAGCUACUCAAGGCCAUUGACGCCUCUGCCGGUCAAAUUCUGUCCAUGUGCAAACGGAUGAGCCUCUUGGGUCUGUCUGAGGAAGAGGCUUUGCAGACUCGCAAACAUCUGGAGCAGUCAUCAACCACCCAGGAAGGCAUUAAGUUGAUGCGAACUGUUGCUGCCCAGGGAGCUGUCUUGCUGAAGAACGACAAGUCCACACUUCCUCUGAAGCCUUCUGGUCUCUCCGGCAAGCAAGUCGCCUUCAUCGGUCCCAAUGCCUUGGUUGGGACCCCAGGUGGCGGCGGCUCGGCCACCAUGAACCCGCAAUACCUCAGCCAGCCCAUGAGUUCUUUCAAGGCUGCAGUCGAGGCUCAGGGGCUGAACACUCGUGUCGUGUACAGCCAAGGAGCAUACUCUAAGAAAUGGCUCCCCCAUUUCAAGAAGGAGCAGUGGAAGUCUCGGACAUCAGGAGAAGACGGCAAGAAUCUGGUCCGCGUCGACUUUUACACUACUCGCGACCUCUCGGGCCCUAUCCUCGAAACUCAGCAUCGCAAUAGCUCCUGGGUCGACUUUGUCGACUCUGCACCGCUGCCUCUCCAAAAGGCCCACGUCCCCCCGUAUUCUUUCCGUGUCACAUCUACUGUGCGUCCUGAAACCACAGGAAACCACCGUUUCGGUGUUGCAAGCGUGGGUGAAGCUCGCCUGUUUAUCGACGGUGGGCUGGUCCUAGAGAACUGCAACUGGACUGAAACGUCUGAAGCCUUCUUUUCAUUUGGAAGCCGCGAGAAGAUUAGCUCCAAGCACAUGAAUGCUGGACAAACCUACGAUCUUGUACUCGAGGGCUGGACCAAGCCUGGCCUCUCAGAAGAAGAGUCGCUGCAUUUCUUUGCAGGACAUCCUUCAGUCCGCAUUGGAUUCGAAGAGGAGCUCCCAAAGAAUAUGAUUGAUACUGCUGUCAAGACUGCCGAUGAGAGCGACUACUCGGUUGUCAUCCUUGGCAUUGAUGACGAAUGGGAGAGCGAGGGCUACGAUCGACAGUUCAUGGAGCUCCCGGGCACCCAGAAUGAGCUGGCAGAAGCAUUGUUGACCAGAUGCAAACAUCCUGAACGUCUGAUCUUUAUCAACCAGUCUGGAUCCCCUGUUGAGCUUCCAUGGGAAGAAAAGUGCAGCACCUUGGUGCAGGCUUGGUACGGUGGCCAGGAAGCAGGUAAUGGGCUGGCAGAUCUGCUCCUAGGAGCCAUCAACCCAUCUGGCCGGAUGCCCAUCUCGUGGCCACGCAAGUACACCGAUCUCCCGUAUGCUGCAGACAAGGAGAUGUGGCCGGGAGUGGACGGCACAGUCAUCUACAAGGAGGAGUGCCAUCUUGGAUACCGGUACUACCUACACAACAACGUGCGCCCUCACUUCUGGUUUGGUUACGGACUGAGCUACACGCAGUUUGAGUCCUCCGUCCAACUUGAAGGGAAGAACCCAGAUUCGUGGACCUUCAGCACUACUGUCAAGAACGUUGGCAGUGCCGAUGGCGAAGAAACAGUUCAGCUCUACGCCUGGCCAUCCGGAAAAGAGGCCAAGAGGCGAUUGGUUGCUUUUGACAAGACACCUUUG